AAGCCGGUGCAGCUCUGGGGCUCGCCCGCUCCCUGCCCCUCGCGUCCCCCAUCCUUCCCGGUGCCCGAGCGCUCCCGACUCCACCAUGCCGAGGGGCUUCCUGGUGAAGCGAACUAAACGGACGGGCGGCUCGUAUCGAGUGCGCCUCGCCGAGCGGGUCCUGCCUCCGCUGGGGCCCCAGGUGGCUCCGGCCGCCCCCGCGGAGGUUCCCAGCGCCUCCUUGCCCGGUACGGAGCACGCGAGUCCUGGCGCCCAGGGGCGGACGGCGGAGACGGCUCAGGAACUGUCUGGGUCACCCUGUCGGGCUGCGGGGGUGAGCCCGGGGGUGGGCGGGCAGGAAGGCGUGGAGUGGAGGGCCAAGGACACGGAGGGCCCCGGGCCCAGCCGCAGCCCCGUGAAGCCUGCGGGGGCCGAGCUCCGCCGCGCGUUCCUGGAGCGCUGCCUCAGCUCGCCAGCAUCCGCGGAGUCCUUCCCCGGGGGCGCCGCCGUCUUGGCCACCUUCUCCUGCUCAGGGGCGCCGGCGGUGGCGCCUUCCUCGGGAGAGCCGUUCCUCCUGCCGCUCCGGGCGCCGUUCCCGGAACCCGCACUCCAGCCGGAGCCCGCGCUCCUCCCGGCCGCCCUGCACGGGUUGAAGCGCGCGGCCGCCGGCGAGCGCCGCGUCAAGCUGACUGCGGGCUGCGCGCCCGGACCAGCGGCUGCGGGCAUCAAGAAGCCAAAGGCCAUGAGGAAGUUGAGCUUUGCAGACGAGGUGACCACGUCUCCAGUCCUGGGCCUGAAGAUCAAGGAGGAGGAACCCGGAGCGCCAUCCCGAGGUCUUGGGGGCAGCCGCACACCGCUGGGGGAGUUCAUCUGCCAACUGUGCAAGGAGCAGUACGCGGACCCCUUCGCUCUCGCCCAGCACCGCUGCUCCCGCAUCGUGCGCGUCGAGUACCGCUGCCCCGAGUGUGACAAGGUCUUCAGCUGCCCUGCAAACCUCGCCUCUCAUCGCCGCUGGCACAAGCCACGGCCCCAAGCCGCAAGCACAGUCUCCUCCGCCGACGGGAAGCCGCCUCUGUCAUCUUCGUCCUCCCCGGACUCUGGCUCCAUCGCGUCUUUCCUAGCAGAGGGGAAGGAGAAUAGCCGGGCAGAGCGGACUGUGGAUCAGCACCCGCAAGCGAAGGACAGCUCCAGAGAGGAUCAGCACCAGGACAGCGACCCGCGCCGCGGCUUCCCGGUGCUCUCGCGCCUAGAGCCACCGCUGCCACAGGCUCCCUGCACCGAGGGAGUGUUGGGGCGCCAGGGGCCUGGGCCAGGCAGUGCGAGUGGUGGCGGGGGAUCCGAAAUCUUCAUGUGCCCGUACUGCCACAAAAAGUUCCGCCGCCAAGCCUACCUGCGCAAACACCUGGUCACUCACGAGGCGGGCUCGGCUCGCGCGCUGGCCCCUGGCUUUGGCUCUGACCGUAGGGCCCCACUCGCCUUCGCCUGCCCCCUAUGUGGGGCGCAUUUCCCGUCCGCAGAUAUCAGAGAGAAGCACCGGCUGUGGCACGCUGUCCGGGAGGAGCUGCUCCUGCCUGCUCUGGCUGGGGCUUCUCCCGAAGCGCCGGGCCCCGGAGGGGCCCCUGAUGGAAGUGCGCAGCAAAUUUUCUCGUGCAAACACUGCCCGUCCACUUUUUUUAGUUCCCCGGGACUGACCCGGCACAUCAAUAAGUGCCACCCCUCAGAGAGUCGCCAAGUAUUGCUACUGCAGAUGCCAUUUCGGCCUGGCUGCUGAGGUCCGAGAAACCAGGCUGGCCGGGUAGAAAACGGAUCAUGGGAACUUCUGUGGGGCUUUCUACCACUUGCAAGUUUUACACUUUCCUUCCCAUGGUUUCCCUCUUAAGACUCUCCCAGUGGUGAGUGUCCCACCAGAGGAGAGCAGGUAUGUAUAUGGCAUAAACAUUCAUGGUCAAAGACUCUCAGCUGUAAAUCCCUUUUACUUUCCCCACCAAAAUAGGAUUUCCCCCCUCAAAACUCUGGAGACCCUAACGAAUCCUAUAUGAUUUGUAAUUCCUAUGGAAAGUCACAGUGAAUGCGUGCAUGUCUCAAUGUCUACAAAAGGUUCUUGCUACCAAAAGUGGUAGUCACAUUUUUUUUUCCUCUUGAAAUCACAGGCGUCUGUGUACUUUCUGUCUCAAUGGGGUCAGAUAUCUUGCAUUGUAUAUUCUGUGAAUUAAAAGUUACGUGGUUGGUGCCAAACUUACAGGGGGGGAGAAGACUCAAGGCCUGCAUCCACAGGCAGGAAAUUUAAGAGGAUGUUUGCUGCUCUUGAGGAUGAGAAUUUUCCCCCAAACCUUUUCUUAAUUAUAUGUACCAGUCCAAUCUUGCAUUAGUUUUUGGAGGCAGGGAGGGUGCUAUUUUACUGGAAGGAGACACCCUCCAAAUUCUUUAGCUAUUUUGUGGGCAGUAUUCAGGAAGACUGAAAUCUGUUUACAUAGCUUUUUGAAAAUACUGAAUUUGUUUCCUGAAGUUUGUUUUUAAGGUUUCACCUACAUUUAAUGCUUCUGUUGUAAAUCUCAUAGUGUAUAUUAUGUAUGAGAUUAUGUUCAGCUUUAAAAGAUGUUAAUACCUGUAAUACACCAUGGAUGAAUGGCAAUUCACUCAAUAUUCAGUAUUUUCUUUCCAGCAGCAACUUUUGAAUUUUUUGGUAAACUGUAUUCAGUGUACUCUGUAUCCAUCCCCUAAUACCGAGUUUGGGGCACUGGCUGAGCACUGCUUGAUAGCUCAGAUCUGUAAGAUGCUUAUCACCAAAUAAAUGUACAUAGAUUGUGCUUUUUGUUCUGUAUUUUUCUUAUGAGUCGGUUGAACAUAUUUUCAGAGCCACAUUUCUUAUCUCCCCAAUGCCAGUGAUUCUAAUGCCUCUUAGAAUCUUAGGACCCAUUUAGAAUACAAAGGCAGGAGAUACAUUUUGCAAAUCAAUGUAAUG